CUAUACUAGCAACCAAACAGUACCCAUAACAGGAGUGAAAAACCCAAAAGAAGAAACAGUAGAGGGAGAGAGCAGAGCACAGCAGAGAGAUCGUAGAGAGAGAGAGAGAGAGAGAGAGAGAGUAAAAGGCAAAAAUGGGGGGAGGAAUGGAGGUGAACAAGAACAGGUUCAUAGAAGAGUGGGGAUCAGCAAGAGAGAACCUUGAACACAACUUUCGCUGGACUCGCCGAAACUUUUUUCUCGUGGGCCUCUUCGGCAUCGCCAUUCCCGUCUUGGUCUACAAGGGCAUCGUCAGCGAAUUCCAUAAACAUGACGAGGAUGCAGGCAGACCAUACAAGAAGUUUAUUUGACUUGGCAGAGAAUGCUUUGCAUUUUAUGCGGUAGUAAAAUAAGGGUUUCAAUGGGAUCCUACAAUAUCAUAUCAGGAUAUGGAAAAUUUAUUCGCUUUUCUCUUUGUUACUCUGUGGCUUCUGAUGUUAGGGCAGUUUGCUACUUUGAAUUACAUUUUGCAUUUUGUCAUUAAGUAAUACUACAUAUUUUGUGGUCUUUUGUAUUUUCCCUUGUUCAGUUUGAUUUGGCUGGACACCAGAUUGCUUUUUAAUUGGAUGCUCUCUGUCUCUUUCUGUGGAUAUAAUCUUUUUAUUAUUGUUAA